AUGAAAGAACUUGAUCCUGCGCUAUACACCAUAGCAUGGAUCGCGCCCUUGCAGACCGAGGCUCAGGCAGCUCGUCAAAUGCUUGAUAAUCUUCACGAUGGAAGAUUCUCUACCAGUCGAGGCGAUGACUAUAUCUUCUCGGCAGGUGACAUCAACGGCCAUAAUAUAGUCAUCGCAACCUUACCAGCCGGACAAGAAUAUGGAACCGGUUCAGCCGCUUCCCUUGCUAGCCAAAUCAAAAAGUUCUUCACUAACCUCUGGUUUGGGCUCCUCGUUGGAGUUGUGGCAGGUCUCCCAAAUCUACGAAAGACACCACCAAUUGAUAUACGGCUUGGCGAUGUGCUUGUUGGAUUACCCGAAGGAGAUAGUGCAGGAAUAGUCGCAUACGAUCUGGGAAAGGAGACAACAGAGAGCUUUCAGCUUCUAAGAUCUGGCCAAGUCCUGGCGAAUACGGAGACAGUCGUCAGAUCAGCUAUUGGCAGCAUCAAGAUCAAGGCUCCGUAUGACACUGAUAUCUUUCCCCCAUUUUACGAUAGUGUCAAAGACAAAGAACACUCAAGAGGUACAUUUGCAGAUCCUGGCCAGGAAAGGGAUAUUUUCUAUGACAUUGGUGAUGAUGGUGUUGAUAGCCCCGUCCAAAGGUUACAACGGCCUACUGAUAGGCGAACUCGCGUAUGGUACGGUUCUAUUGGAUCUGGGGACCAUAUGAUAGAAAGUACUCUCAGGCGCAAUGAGAUGAGAGACCGCUAUGGCGUGAUUGGUUUAGAGAUGGCGGCUGCAGGGAUAAUGAAUCGCAUACCUGUUGGUGUGAUCAGAGGCGUUUGCGACUAUGCCGACCAGCACAAGAAUACUGAAUGGCAGCCUUAUGCAGCUGCCAUGGCUGCAGCUUAUGCGAAAGCAGUAAUCUAUGAGUUUGGAUGGGGCAAGGCAGCGUCAAGCUCCGAUGUAGCAAAGCAAGAGAUUUUCAGCACCAUUCUAUCUGAUCGUCCACCAAUUACAGACCGUUUCCUUGGGAGAGAAGCUGGGAUUUUCGAAAAGGGAUGGUUCUUUGCGGAAUACCAGGGUCAGACAAAACACAACUAG